AAAUAAACGUCAUUUCUUUCAUAAUAUUGUCAUAAUGACAUUUUCACCGACAUUAUUUUGAGCAUCGUAUCCCAAAAUCUAAGUUACCGGGAAGAAUGGCGCAAAAAUGCUCCCAGGCCGCAUUCAAGAGCGUGAGACCAAUGAUGUCCGCCAAUGGCAGCGAAGCUCACCGGCGAGUCAUCGCCCUGUACAAAACCGUGUAUCGCUACAUCCCUUAUAUAGUGAAAUAUUACGAUAUUCCUAAAAAUGAAAAUGAAGUCCGCUUGAAAUUGCGAGAACAGUUCUACAAGAACGCUUGCAUCACAGAUAUAAGAGUUAUUGAUCUACUGGUUAUCAAGGGCUGCAUGGAAUUUAAAAUCAAAAACUCUUGGGUACUGAAGGGCCGCCUGUUCUCCUACUGGAACCCGACCAUAGAACCCAAGCCUUGCGACUUUCUCAACAAGUUCCUGGCCGGAAUGGAACCUUAAGAGCGUUUACAUUAUCCGAUCCGAUAUCGAUUGUAGGAAUAAUUUCAAACUUUUCAAAGGCAAACAUGGCGCCUUUAAAAUAUAGGAUAUCGGUACAUCCGAUAUCGGAUCGGAUAAUAUGAAACGCACUAAGACGUUUGUGACAUGCUCUUGUGAUCUCUACCACCAUUCGCCUUCAUAUUCACCAUUACCUAAGCAAUAGAUUACAUAAAUAUAAACAAGUGA